UAGAUUGUUUGAAAUAAAUGAUAAUAACAUUUUAUUUACUUUACUUCUGCUUUUAGGGUUUAAGACCAAAUCUAAUCUCAAUCUAACAUAGAUUUCAACAUCUUUCACUUCUUCAUUAGAUUUUCUGAUGGUAAUGAAAUGAGUUGUAUUGGUGGUAAUGGGCAGAUGUUGAACUGCAGUUUCUGUGACUCCACCACAACUGAAGCAACAGGUCGUUUGGUCUCAUGAAAAACUAUUUAAGCUCAUCUCAGAUGACUCUCAGAAUGUUUGCUGCAGAUCUUCUUGUACUUAGCUCUAUUCUAUCAGCUGCUUGGUGUCUGUCAGUCCUAAACGUAUCGGUCCCCAAAACCCUCAACAGCACCAGCGGCUCUUGCCUUCUGAUUCCUUGUCUAUUCAACAUUUCAAAGGAGAAACAAAACAUUCUUGAUAGUUCACCAGAAGUAACAUGGAGACGAGGAUCUCUGUGGUCACUCUAUGAUACAGAUGGUUUCACCAUCGCUCACCGUCAGAAGGAACCUGUGAUGGAAGUGGUGGGUGACCUACGAAAGAAAAACUGCACUUCUGUCAUGAGGAACCUCACCAGCCUGCAUUCAGAUCGUUACUACUUCAGGAUUCAAGCUGAGAACUCCGGUGUGACUGGAACAACUGCUGUGCACAUAAAUGUGUCCGAGUCCGUGGCUGAGCCGAAUGUGACUGUGCCGGUGCUCAGGGAGGGUGAGGAGGUGAAUCUGACCUGCACUGUUCCAGCUCCCUGCCCCAGUCACCCUCCAAAUGUAACCUGGGCUCCUGCAUUAGGUGGUGACGUAACACAGAGGACACACCUGAACGCUGAUGGGACUCAGAGUGUUUCUGCCAUCUUGAAUUUCGUCCCGUCAGUCCACCAUCAUGAGCUGAAAGUGAACUGUGUUUCUAUUCAUCCUCUACACAGAGAGGACAGACCCCUGCUCAGCCACAAGGUGGUCAUCCUCAAUGUGGAGUAUCCUCCUAAGGAAACAUGGAUCUCUCUCACAGGCUUGGUCUGGCUUGGUGAUAAUGUGACCCUCACCUGUCAAAGUAAAGCCAACCCUCCUGCGGUCCACAGGUGGUUCAUGAAGAGAGCGGGUGUAGAGGAAGAACUGAGCAUCUCACAUGUGCUUUCCUUCACUGCGGCCCAUGAGAACACUGGGGAAUACAUUUGUGAGGCACAGAAUCUAUGCGGUGCAAUGAACUCCACAAACCUACAGAUCACUGUCCUAGGCAUAUCCUUCACUGCUUUUUUGUCAAUUUUGGCAGCUUUAUCACUUAUAUUUGCACUUCUUGCAAUUGCUAUUGUUAUGAUUUACAGAAGGUAUAAAGAGCCAAUCAGAAGUGAAACAAACCAAGAUCAGAACAUUUAUGCCAAUAUGUCUGCAAGUGCGGUGAAAAGCGAGCAGCUCCAAUCAAAGCCAUGUGAAGAUAAGAACACCUGCACCAUUAAUCCUGUAUACGCAUUCAAACAUGAUCUCCCCGAUGAAAACAUCUACGCAAACUGUUGAAGUGAAAAGUAGCAUGUUUUAAACAUCCGUUCAUUGAUCACCACUGAACGAUUAGUCUCUGGAUGUCAGUAGAGAUCAUUUGAAUCAGUAUUAGCAUAUAUACACUUCUCAAAAAUUAUUUUCAUCUAUUGUGUUCAGAACCAUAUCCUCGCUAUUUACUUCAAAGAAUAAAAAUGCUCCAAUUCCUCAACACUGAAUCUACACUGAACUACCUGUAUCUAUAUUUUUUAUUUUUAUGUGAUACAAUUUCCCUUCAUGCUUUUACUAAUUUUAGAGGAUGCAGUGGUUUGAAGCUAAUAAACAAUGCUAAACAAAUUCAAGACUUUUUUGUUGGUUUGUUUGUUUUUUACUAAACGAUGGACAGGAGUUAGAUACAGUAUUUAACCUACUGCUAACAUCCCCCAUGUCCUUUGUGCUUUGUCAGACGGCCAAAUGCAUGGUUUGGGUAUGUUUGGACUAAUAAGUGUUUUAUUCAUUGUUUGGAAUGCUUUUUUUAUAGUGUUGUUAUACAAUUUAGGUGUUUGCUAUUAUUUUAUUAACUCAGAAUUGCAUCUGAUGUGCUUUAUGUAUGCUUACCGUUUUCCAGCAGGCUUGCAUCAUAUCUAUUCAGGGUUGUGUUUUGUCACUUUGUGUGCUCGCAUGGCUAAUUGCGAAAAUGGUAUUGAGUUAUUGUGCUGAUGUUUUGGUGUUAUUUUUUUAUUUUUAUUUAUUUAUUUAUUUAUUUAUUUGUUAUUAUAAAGGUUUUUAAACAUCUUGCCAAAGGACUGCAGUUGAGAAUUAGCCAGCUGGCUAACACUGCUACAUUUACAGAAAUGUUGAUUAAUGUGUGGUGUCCUUUAAUAAAGAAAAGUAAAGUAAAAGUAGUCAACACACACACACACAAACACACACACACACACACACACACACACACACACACACACACACACACACACACACACACACACACACACACACACUAUAUCAAAUAGCAUGUAAAUUGUUUGUUCAAUUCGAACAGCUGAGUCUUUACUCAUUUUCAAAAAACAUCUAAAGACUCAUCUUUUUCGCCAGCACUUGUCCAACUAAUACUAGCACUUACCUUUUCUUGUCUAGCAUACCCUUACCAA